UCCCGGGAGACACCAAACCGAAGGCUGACCCAGGCUGUAUCUGCAAGGCAGCAACACCAGCAUCAGCAUCAGCAGCAUCGGCUUACUGACCGUAUCUCCGUCUACGAGAACUUGCCGGACGUGACUCCUCUGUUGCUGCGGCACACCGGUCUUUCUAGUCUACCCCAAUUCGGUCAUGCCGGCCAAAAGGAGGCCUUCGGUGUGGGUCCGGUUUCAGACACAGGCGCCCACCAAGCGUCUCCGACUGCCGCAGACCCGCCGCUUCCGGCCGCAGCGCAAUCUCUUCCCUUUUCACCGUCGCCAGAAGACUGGAGUCAUGCCAACGGAGACACACGGUCGCCGACUCGGAGGUACAGAAAGGGGGAGGCUGUUGUUGACGCCGAGAAGGUGCAUGCGGUGGCCGGACCUGAAGAGUUGACGUUUGUGGGCCGGACGGAUGCCGAAUCGGCUACCACAUGCAGCGAGGACCCCGACUCCAACCGGUCGAGUGGGGUCUCGAUGACGUAUCAGUCGGGCCCUGGCGAGCAACAACAGGCCAGUCUUUCGAUGGAUCAACAUUGUCCAGACUACAAAGUGGCCCGAGACCAUCUACAGCCGCAGCUUCAGCAGCUACAGCAACAACAACAACAACAACAGCAACAAUUUCCGUACCAACACCAACAGCCGCAACAGUACUCGGCCCAGCAGAGGCUGACCGUCUCUGCCAUAGCCCCAAAAGUCGCCCAUACGCCGUAUCCAUACAGACUCAGCCUACAGGACCCCGACUCCUCGCAGACGGCCAGUCUCGAGCUGGCAACUGGGCGCCCAAUGAAGGCAGUCUCCAAGGAGAGUGUCAACACGCCGGAUUCUCAGUUCGAGGAUUAUCAGGUUGGAAGUAUAUGGCAUUUCUUUGCGCACUCCUAUUUGCAUACAGGUCAGCUUGUAAGCGAUAGUAUGACUUUCAUUUCAUGUGAAAAUAUGUUUGAUGAAGAGAUUCGUUGGUAG